GGGAGAUGCUCGGUGGCACGGGGACGUUUGGGUGCUGCACCUUUUUUUUGGCCUUAACCCAGGGGUCUUGAGGUGGCACCAUGGCUUUCGCCGACCUCCUGGACCACGUCGGGGGCAUGGGGCGCUUCCAGGUGGCCUACGUGGUCUUCUUGGCCUUGCCCGUCUUCAUGAUGGCCAGCCACAACCUUCUGCAGAACUUCACUGCCGCCACCAGCGAGCACCGCUGCCGAGUCCACUGGGAGGCCAACGGCACCAGCCUCAGCCCCGGGGACCUUCUGCGAGUCUCCGUCCCCAGCGGCGAGCAGUGUCGGCGCUUUGUUGCAGCCCAGUGGUGGCUCUUGGAGGCCAACGGCACGUUCGCCAACAGCACUGAGCCGGAGACGGAGCCCUGCCGUGACGGCUGGACCUAUGACCGCAGCGUCUUCACCAGCACCAUCAUCACUGAGUGGGAUCUGGUGUGCGACUCUCGGGGGCUGAAGCAGCUGGCCCAGUCGCUUUUCAUGGCCGGCGUCCUGGUGGGCGGCAUCGUCUUCGGGGGCCUCUCGGACAGGUUUGGCCGCCGGUCGCUGUUGACCUGGUGCUACCUGCAGAUGGGCACCAUGGGGACGUGUACCUCCUUCGCGCCCACUUUCCCCGUCUACUGCCUUUUCCGCUUCCUCACUGGUGCAGCCCUCUCCGGCAUAGUCCUAAACAGCGUCUCACUCUGCCUGGAGUGGAUGCCCACGCACACCCGGGCGAUUGUGGGGACCACGAUGGGGUAUUGCUACACUGUGGGGCAGUUCCUCCUGGCCGGGGGGCCCUAUGCCAUCCGUGACUGGCGCUGGCUGCAGCUCACCGUCUCGCUGCCAUUCUUUGUCUUCUUCCUCUACUCCUGGUGGCUGACAGAGUCGGCUCGUUGGCUGCUUAUGGCCGGGAAGCCUAAGCAGGCCCUGAAGGAGCUCAAGAAAGUGGCCAGGAUGAACGGGAAGAAAGAGGAAGGGGACAAGCUCGACACUGAAGCCCUGAAGUCCUACAUGGAGAAGGAGGUGACCUCGGUGAAGACCAACCACACAGUGGUGGACCUGGUGCGGACACCCGUGGUGCGCCGCAUCUCUUGCUGCCUCUCUUUCGUGUGGUUCUCCACCAGCUUCGCCUACUAUGGGCUGGCCAUGGACCUGCAAAACUUCGCCUUCGACAUCUACGUGAUCCAACUCGUCUUCGGGGCUGUGGACAUCCCAGCCAAGCUGGUCUCCAUCCUCACCAUCACCUUCGUGGGACGACGCUUCACCCAGUCCCUCGCUCUCAUCCUGGCCGGACUGGCCGUCUUGGCCAACAUCUUCGUGCCACAAGACCUGCGAACGCUGCGGACCAUCCUGGCUGUCUUCGGCAAGGGUUGCCUGGCCUCCUCCUUCAACUGCGUCUACCUCUACACAGGCGAGCUGUAUCCCACCGUUAUUCGGCAGACGGCCAUGGGGCUGGGCAACACCAUGGCCCGCAUCGGCAGCAUCACAGCCCCGCUGGUGAAGAUGGCCGGCGAGGUCUUCCCCACGCUGCCCUUCAUCAUCUACGGGGCGGCCCCAGUGGUGUCGGGGCUGGCGGGCCCCCCCCCCCCGCGGAACUUGCCGCUGCCCGAGACCGUGGAGGAGGUGGAGAGCAGGACACGUCCCCAGACGGACGAAGCCCAGCAGCUCCAGGUCCUGCUCCAACCUGCCCAGCCCAGCCCAGCGCCCAAGGAGACCCCAAAGCCCUGCUAGGGCCAAGCCCCUCCUGGGAACAAGCUGGGGUUGCCCAGAAACACCCAAAACCCCCAAACCCUCCCCAAACAUUCUUGAAGGCACCCAAUGGGCCAAGGAGGAAGGAGU